UCGGCUGGAUGUGAGAGAUGGCCUUCCUUCCCUGGCUGCCAGACUUCACUAAUAGGAUGGAGGCCUUUUUAAAUGAGUGGCUGUGGCAGGAGGAGUACUGGCUUCCUCAAGGUAUCAGCUGGCAGGACAUUGAGAUGUCGGAGAACGAGGGCCGCUAUCCUCUACCAAGGGAUCUUAUCUACACCUUGCCACUGGCCUUCGCUUUUAUAGCCCUCAGAUAUGUCUUUGAGAGGCUCAUCGCCGUCCGAUUAAGCAAACGUUUAGGGGUGAAGGACCGGAUUCGCAUUCGAGCCGCUUCUAUCCCGAAGCUGGAGAGCUUCUACAAACAGAACAGUCGGCAACCAUCACAAAGUGAUGUGGUGAGCUUGGGGAAGCAGUGUGGACUCUCCCAGAGAAAGAUCCAGACCUGGUUCAGACACAGAAGGAACCAGGACCGACCCAGCAACACUAAAAAGUUCUGCGAGGCCUCCUGGCGUUUUGUCUUCUACAUCAUAGCGUUCACUGCAGGGCUCGGCUCCUUAAUCAAUGCUCCAUGGUUCUGGGACCACAGAGAGUGUUGGAGGGGUUAUCCCAAACAGCCAGUGGCCGAGGCUCAUCACUGGUAUUACAUAUUGGAAAUGGGCUUCUAUUUGUCGCUGCUUCUGUGUGUUUCUGUGGAUGUUAAGCGAAAAGAUUUCAAGGAGCAGGUAAUUCAUCACAUCGCCACGAUAUUCCUCAUUGGUUUCUCCUACUGUGCCAACUAUGUGAGGGUUGGCACUCUGGUGAUGCUGGUGCAUGACUCUUCUGACUUUCUUCUGGAGUCUGCCAAGAUGUUGCACUAUGCCGGCUGGACGAGGAUAUGUGACUCGCUGUUUGUUGUCUUCUCUCUGGUCUUCCUGGUGACGAGGCUGGUGGUGUUCCCUUGCAGAGUGCUCCACACAACCCUGGUGGUUUCUCUAGAAUUCUUCCAGCCCUUCUGUGCUUAUUAUUUCUUCAAUACGCUGCUGUUAGUGCUGCAAGCUCUGCACAUCUUCUGGGCUUAUCUCAUCCUGCGCAUGAUCUACAAGUUUGUGUUCACAGGCAAGGUGGAGCGUGACGAACGUAGCGAUGAGGAGAGUGAGGUGGACGAUGAAGAGGAAGAGCCUGAGGAAGAAGGGGAUGAGUGCAGCUGGGAGCAAAGAAAGGGUGCAAUCAACUCCAAACUGGCAUCGCUGGCUAACAACUGUGUCCUGAACAACCUGACCAACCAGAGGAAUAUAAACAGCAGACUACCGAAAGCCAGAUAAUGGAAAAGCUCCAUGUCUCCCACUAGGAGAAAAAAUAUAUUUCCCCCACCGCCUUUUGGAGUUGAACUAGAUCAGGGUAAGUCUGCAUCCAGUUUACCUUGAAAAAGCGGGCGAAGAAGCACAGAUGAUCUGCACAUCCAGUGUGAGAUUAGGAGGAAAUGCCAUUGUAACUGUCACCACUACAUACAUAUAUUUGGUAAAACAAGGAGACAGUGAAAUUUCCUUUACAACAAAUCAUAUGUGUUGAUUUGCAAACUAUGUAUUUAUGCUGUUUCUUUAUAUUGUAAAACAAAAACUUUUUAGUUAAUACAUAAGGAUACAAGUACCUAGACUGUGUUAUAAUGCAAUUAUCUUUUCUUUGGUCAACAAGAAAAACUAAAUGUUUUUUAUACAAAAUCAAACUGUUCUAAUUUAAUAGGUGGUAUAAUAUGUUUUAAACAGAGCAAACUAAAGCUGUAAUUUAUUAGUCAUUCACUCCCACAGCUCGGUAUUCACAUAAACAGUAUGGUUGAUUGUACAUAGACUAAUGAAAACAUUGAUUGUAGUAUAUCUGUUGAUAAACCACUUUCUAUAGCUAUUUUCUAUGAACCGUAAACUCAACAGGUAAUUUUUAUGUUAUAAUCUGUGGCUGAAUAUUAAACUCUACUGCAGUAUUUAUACUUUUCCAUGAUAGGAUUUCCUUUUGUCAGUUAUGUUUAAGCUCACUUGUUAUAAAAGAUAUGGCGCCCCCUGGUGCACAAAAAAAAACAUGUCCCUGUAGAGAAGGCAAUCCCCAUGUCUGAUAAAGUGAUGCCUUUACUAAACUGAUGUACUGCUCCUAGGAAUAUGGACUUAAACCGUAUGUGUGUCUGUUUUUGUGUUUCUUUUUCUACUCUGAAUAUCAUUGUGACGGCCAGCAUGACUUCUCAGUGAGGUUUUUGUUAAGGUUUACUCUAGUGGACUUUAGUUUUCUGCUUUGGCUGCUGUUUUUACACUAUUCUGUGACAAGCACUUGAUUUUAAACUCUGUGUGGUAAGUAGGAUUACCACUACUGGACAAACACACGGGCCAGGCCUUACUGUGACUGGUUGUAAUGUUUUGCUUAAAAUGUUGGUGAGGCUGGUGGGUAAGCCAUGAGAAUUAUGCACACACACACACACACACACACACACACACACACACACACACACACACACACACACACAAGUAUGACAGGCAUUAGUGAAAUGUGAAGUAUUUUAGAUAGUGGACUAAUCUACAAAGGUCAGAUGCUUUAUGGCUCAGAUAAAGAACAGUCUUACUAAAAUGUAAAGAAUGGUGAUUCUAAAAGCUGAUGAAAUACAGUAUUUUGACAGGACUAGUCUAUGCUCUGCUACUUUGUUAGGAACAUCAUUGUCAUUGGAUUUUACAGAUAUGUAAUCACAGUGGAAAACUAGAGUACACACUUUAAAACUGGUAUUACAUUUUCAUAGGUUGGUAUGGGCAACUCUGUAAGAUAAGUGGUUGCUGUGUUCACUCACUGCAUCUAACCUGAUUUUAAGUAAAGACAAGUGUGAUGGGAGUAGAAGCAGAGUUGUGUCUGACUCUGAACUGGACUUAAUAGCAGGAGGGCCCACAACACAAGGUGGGAUUCAGGUUGUAGAGGACUAAAAGGGCUGAUCCACUGAAUAACACACCCAUGACCCCCACUAAAAUAUUGCUUUUGUAAAUUAAAACUGUUGAUGACUGUUCUCUUAUGAGUGCACAAAGAUUUUCUUUUGAUUGUGUGUUGAAAGGUUUUAAUAAAUUACUUCUAUUAAA